AUGACGAAGAAACCAAGUCUCAUCAAGGCUACCAAGGAAGCCAUCAAACAGAGCCCCCGAGAAAUAUUCAACUUCUAUCUCCUAGCAUGCACGUGCAUCUGGGGCUUCUCUGGCGUAGCCAAGGGCUUCGAUGAAGGCAACAUUGCUUCUGUUGUCAUCAUGGACGUCUUUAAAGAACGAUUUGGUCUCGAAAAUCAAUCCGAGGAUGAAUAUGCGGAUACCAAGGGCUGGAUUGUGGCUAUUGCCACCGCUGGCGCCGUCUUUGGUUGCUUGGCUUGCAUGUGGCUCACUCAGCGGCUCGGAAGGAAGCUCACAUUCCAACUCUUUACGAUUGUCUAUAUCGCCGGCGUUCUUGGCCAAACUUUCAGCAACGGCAAUCUGACAGUUCUUUAUGUGACGCGAGUCAUCACUGGUCUUGGCAUUGGGACAACUACGGUCUUGCCAUCAAUCUAUAUCGCAGAGAUUGCUCCCCAGUCUAUUCGCGGUCUCCUAACACUUCAAUACACAUGUUGCCAGCAACUCGGCGUCGUAUUUGGCUUCUUCUUCAACUACGGCAUCACCAAGCACCAUGCCGGCACCAAUCUUCAAUGGCAACUCCCAACCGUGCUGCAGGUCGUGCCAGCCGUCAUCUGGGGACUUGGUUCAAUCUUCACGCCUGAAACUCCGCGGUUCUUGCUCAUGAAGGGCAACCGGUCGGAAGCUCUUGCAACAUUGGUUCGAUUCCGCCAGCUACCAGAGGAUCACCCAUACGUCCAGGCCGAGUUCCAGGGCAUUGAGUCGCAGCUCAACCACGAAAUUGAACUUGUUUCCGGCUCGAGCACACUUGAUCUCAUCAAAGAGACGUUUGUGGAUCUUUCAAACAGACGCCGCUUCAUGCUCAUCUUUGCUUGCCACGUCUUUGGCCAAUGGUCUGGUGCAAACGCCAUCACGCAGUACAGCCCGACAAUCUUCGGGUACCUGGGAAUCCAAGGCACAGAGACGCGCUUCCUUGCUACCGGGUGUUAUGCUAUCGUCAAGUUCUUGUCGGUGCUGAUCUUCGCCAUCUUCGUCGUCGACUUCGUUGGCCGACGCCGAUCACUCAUGACGGGCAUUUCAUUGCAGAUUGUGACUCUUGCAUAUAUCGGCGGGUACCUGGGCGUCACAAAUGGCUGGAGUCCGGAGAAAGUAGAAGGCAGUGUGUCCGCAUUGGCUGCCAGCCGUGCGGCUAUCGCUGCUAUCUACCUACAUGCUAUUGCAUGGUCGAUCGGCUGGUUCUCUAUCCCAUACCUCGUUUCUGCUGAGGUCUUCCCUUUGCGAAUUCGAGGAAUCAACGUUGCCAUCCUUAUGGCUGUCCACUGGGCCAACUACUUCGGCUGCUCACGAGCCAUGCCCUCUCUACUCGCGGCGACCGACCGAUACGGCGCAUUCAUAUUCUUUCUGUCGAUCUGUUGCAUUUCUCUUGCUUACGUUUACUUGGCCUUGCCGGAGACCUCGGGAAGAUCUUUGGAGAGCAUGGACCGACUCUUUGAUCAGCCGUGGUACACUGUUCACAAAAGUGCAUACCCUAGCCCAGAUGACCUACGGCCAAGCGCUACUUCCGUCGAUAGUAGUCUGAAGCCCCAUGAAACUAAUAGUUCUGAACACGUUGAGCGGGUUUAA